AGGCCGUUAUCGGCUAUGGAGGAAUUUAAUACUUGUUUGGACAACUGUGGUCUUAUGGAUUUGGUUGCUACUGGUAGCAACACGUCUUAGUGUAAUGAUCAUAGUGGAAAUUCUCGGAGUUGGGCAAAACUGGAUAGGGUCCUCUAUAAUUCAACUCUUCUUCAAUCUUUGCCAUAUAUUUAUUUUGAGUAUGGAAAUAGGAGGACUUUAGAUCAUAACCCAUUGAUUAUUCGGUUUCAUAGAAAUUUACAUUGGUAUGGUCCUUCUCCCUUCAGGUAUCAGAAUAUAUGGAGCACUCAUCAGUCUUUUAAGUCUUGCGCGGAGGAAGCUUGGGGGGAGGAAUCCCAUGGCACGAGCUUAAUUAGACUUGCUGUUAAAUUGAAGCAUACAAAAAUUGCAAUCUGAAACUGGAACAAGCAGGUAUUUGGACAUGUGCAUCAGAACAUUAAAAAACUAGAGGAAAGUAUUUAGGUUCUAGAGGUUCAGCUUCAGGAAGGGUAUUCACUAGAAAUUGAGGAAUAUUUCUUCCUUUCUAAACUCGAGUUGGAAGCUUGGGAAAAGAGGGAGGAGAUUCGUAGUUCUUAGCUAGCCAAAAAGAAGUGGAUGGAGGUGGGGGAUAAUAAUAUAAAGUUCUUUCCUGCAUUUGUGAACCAAAAUAGGAAGAAGACUAUGAUUCAUUCUUUGAAGCUUUUGAAUGGAGAAGUGUUGGAUUUUAUGGAGGCUAUUCAUGAGGGUGCAGUAAGGUAUUUUCAAACUUUCUUAACAGAUGCAAGACCCAGUCGAACAGCUUACCUUGAUGAUAUUAUAUCUCCUAUGGUUUUUGAAGAGGAGAAUAUUGCUCUUUGUCAUGCUCCGUUCGUGGUAAGUUAGGUGUAGCUCCUAUAGAAGAUAAGAUAAGGGAGGGACGACUCAAAUGGUAUGGACACUUGCAACGUAGGCCUUAUAGUGCACCUGUGAGGAAGAGUGACUUAAUUACUGUGGGGGGCAGUAGAAGGGGUAGGGGUAGACCUAAAAUAACUUGGGAGGAGAUAGUGAGUAGAAAUGGUCCAUGAUCGCAUAAAUUGGCGGAAGAGGAUUCAUAUAGCCGACCCCACUUAGUGGGACUAAGGCUUGGUUUUGUUGUUGUUGUUGUUGUCAUGCUCCGUUCGAGGUGGAGGUAGGGAUGCUAUUCUUUUUAUUCUGAGAAAUAGUAGCCCAGGUUCGGAUGGUUUUGGUUCGGCUUUUUUCCAUGAUUGUUGGGAUAUUGUAAAAGAAGAGGUGAUCGAUGCAGCUAGAGAUUUUUUUGCUGGUUUCCUCUUCCUAGAUUUUAUUCUGCAUCUUACAUUGUUCUAAUCCUAAAAGUUCACAAUCCCAAGAGUUUUGACAAGUUCAGGCCUAUUAGUCUUUGUAGUGUUAUCUACAAAAUUUUUCCAAAAAUUAUUGUUGCAAGGAUGAUAGGUUUAUUGUCUGCAUUGAUUUCUCCGGAGCAGGGAGCUUUCAUUUCCGGUAGAAGUAUAUUUGAAAAUAUUACAUUGGCACAAGAAAUUGUUCAUUCUCUGCAUAAGAAGUCUAAUGGUGGAAAUGUAAUAAUCAAAGUAGACAUGGUUAAGGCUUAUGAUAGGGUUGAUUGAGAUUUUUUAAACUUGGUUUUGAAAAGCUUUGGAUUCUCUCAGAGAUUCUGUGGUUUAGUGGCGGAAUGUGUUUCCUCUUCUUGGUUCUCCAUUAUGAUGAAUGACACUUAUAAAGGUUUCUUUAAACCUUCUCGAGGGCUUCGCCAAGGAGAUCCUUUAUCUCCUUAUCUGUUUAUAAUUUUAUAGGAAGUUCUUUCUCUUCUUCUAAAGAAAAAUUUUGUGGAGAAUAAGAUAGGGGCUUGCUAUCAUCCUCGUGGGGCGCCUUUGGUGUCUCACCUACUCUAUGCGGAUGUCAUUUUUAUUUUUGCCAAUGGUAAGAGAAGUUCCAUUCAAAUGCUUAUCAAGACUCUUAAGAAAUAUGAGGAUUGAUCUGGCCAAAUGAUAAAUAAAGAUAAGUCAAGUAUUUUUUUUGUCAAAGAGAAUUGCUUAUGCUCGGAAACGAUCCUUGUUAAGGAUGACUGGCUUUGCGGAAGGAGUGUUCCCUGCUACAUACUUGGGUGUUCCUUUGGUAUCGGGUCGUCUUAUGGCCCAUAGUUUAGAGCCUCUAGUUGGUAAAUUGAGGAAAAAGAUUAGCGGUUUGGAAAUUUAAACUUUUAUCUCAAGGGGGCCGCUUAGUUUUAAUUAAGCAUGUUUUAUCAUCAAUGGCGGUUCAUCAAUUGGCAGUAAUUGACAUUCCUAAUAUUGUCUUCACAAAGUUAAAUUCUAUGUUAUCGAUUUUUUUUUGGGUGUGGAGUAAAUCUGUGCAAAGAUCUGGGAUUUAAUCAAGUGGAGAUUGCCUGUGACUCUCCUUUGUUGGUUCAAUGGAUUAAUUCUGGUAAGUGUUCGGCUUGGAACUUAUGAGAAUUUUGGGAAGAGUUUGUGUUAGCAUUGAGAGGUAUACAUUACAAAGUGGAACAUGUUUACAGGGAGGCGAAUCAAAGUGCGAAUUUCUUUGCCAAGCAGGGUGAAUCUGGUAUAUCUCGAUCAUAUAGUUGUCAGGAUGAGCUUCCACAGCAAGUCAGGGGAAUGAUUCGAUUGGAUUUGUUGGGAUUUGCUUCCUUGCGCUCGUGAUGCGUUGUGCUGGUGUUUGUGAAGGUUGGAGUGGUUGGUUUAUUCCUCGAGAUCUUCUACAGUUUUGUUUGUUAACCACGUAUGGUUGUUUAGUUCUUAUUUAUUUGUUUGGUUAUUGGUCAUUGGUUUAUUGGUUUUGAAUAAGUUGCUUAAGUCAGUUUUAGAUUUUUGGGGUUUGAUUUUGUUUUCCCCAAGCCUCAUGGUUGGAACCACGGUAUUUCUCCGCCAUAAGUGAGGGGUUUCUAUUAAAGAUAGGAGGUGCCGCCCUCUUUUUCCAAAAAAAAAAAAAACCUUGGAUUUGGACCAUAUUCUAGAGAAAAAAAAAAAAGCAAGAUAAAGCGAAGCCAGGAAAAAAAAAAAAAAAAAGAGGAGAAGAUAGAAAUGGGAAAAAAAUUGGCAAAGAAUGAGGGAAGAAAGAAACAAAAACAAAAGAAGAAUGAAAAAAUAUAAAUGAUAAAAAGCUGAAAGCUUAAAAAGGGGAAAGCGAAAAAAAGAAGAAGAAGCAAUUCAAGGUAGCUUCGUCUAGUCCUAUACACUACCCUAAACUAUGAAAAGACCAGACCGGAUCUGAUUGGCCGACCCCCCCCCCCCCCCCCCCCCACCUUUUUCGGGUACAUAGGCAGCCUGUCUCAAGGAACAAAUUCGAUCCAAAAUGUUUAACCUAGUAAGGGUAUUCUGAAUUUGAAUACAAUAAGGGCAAGAUGGGAUUUUGAGCCUAGUUGCCUUUUAUUCCUCUAAACCCUCACCCUAGCCUUUUUCGUCUUUGUUUUUCAGUCCAUACUAAGGUUGAAGCUCAUAUUAUGGUACUUAACAGCUCCUACCCAGCUUCAAAAACAAGAAAACAAAGGCUCAUAUUGGAAUAACAGGGAUAGUGUGUUGGAUGAUUAGUGCAUUUACCUAUACCUGUGAGAUAGAGACAUCUUGUAACAUGAGAACGUCGACAUGUAUGGUGUCCCUGGGCUACAAGGCUCCCCACUUUGCGACAGUGAGGCUGUCACACUUACCCCUGCUUUUAUGCAGAGAAGCUGUUGUGACCAACUAGUCACAAAGGAGCAACCUUACCAUUCAUCCCAAGGCUUUUAAAGGUGAUGUAUGUGUAGAGCCGGCCUUUUGUGAAGACCAGGAAUGGCACCACAUGAGACGUCAGGGCACAAAGAAAAAAGUGGGAAAAAAAAAGUCCAGACCCAGUGGGCGUGUGGCAUGUGUAGGCUGCGGUUGCAGUGACUAUGGUAAGACCCAGGUACGGUAGCAUGUUAGGGAAGCCCCACCAUAUGUGCUUGCUGGGGCAAUACUAGUUUUCCAUAUGAUGUGUUCCCCCCAUCAAGGGGUAUUGGGUCAUAGGAUUUGAACAUACCUGGCUGAUGGGACACUUGGGGUGUGCCGCUGCUAUAUUUGGUAGCUGUUACUCUCUGUUACAAUAUAUCAACCACAUCCAGCUGUAGAUACCCAUUUUUAUCCCCUCCAAAAAAAUUUUGCUUUUUUUUUUUUAAAAAAAUAUUUAAAAAAAAUAUAUAUAUAUAGGCACAGCAGGCCAGUGCAGCUCACCACAUCAAUAUUUUGGAGUCCUAGGAUUCUAACUGGGCAUUUGAUGAUGCCCCCUGCUGUUCACUGUUGCUUCAGCCAUUUAGAGUUUCAAUGUAAUGUUGUCAAUGUAACUUUUGAUGGACUCUGUUCUGCUGCAUCAAGUUUGUACUAAAUUAAGCUGGUUUUCAAAAAAAGUUAUGUGUAAUUACAGGUUGUGUUGUACUAUAUUUGUUCUGAUUUGUGUGAAUAAAAGUUGUUUUCCUACCUCCCUUUCUUGAAAUUAUUAGAUUCAUUGCCCCAUUAAACUUGAGCUAUAAUCAGGGUGUUGAUGCAACUUCUUGUGUGGGCUUGAGCAUUUGACUGUAGAUGUGCCUGUGGGAUAGAGUAUUUGUGGCACCUCUCUAUCUUCUUUGUCAGGAUGAGGCUGUCUACUUUUGUCCUUGUGCAUUGGAAUGGCAUUAGAUGCAAUAUUCAUCCUUCCAUUCCAGAAAUUUUGAUAUUUUUUUUGGUUUUCAGCCUUGAGGCUGCAGGGAUUCUUCGGGAAUUGGCAAAUUACCUUGAUGCCCAUAUCGCUAAUAGUGAGCUGAUUGCAAUUGCAAUUGGUGUGGUCUCAGCAAUCAUAGACAAUGUUCCAUUGGUUGCUGCAACAAUGGGAAUGUAUGAUCUCUCCUCAUACCCGCAGGAUUCCGAGUUUUGGCAACUGGUUGCGUAUUGUGCUGGCACUGGUGGGUCUAUGUUAGUCAUUGGCUCUGCAGCUGGGGUGGCAUUUAUGGGAAUGGAAAAGGUGGACUUCUUUUGGUACUUGCGGAAGGUCAGUGGUUUUGCUUUUGCAGGUUAUGCUGCUGGUAUUGCUACCUACUUAGCAGUUCAUAAUCUCCCCAUCUCCCUUCCCACAACUCUGGCUCGUUUUCCUUUCCUCUCCAGUUGAUGAACUGGGCUUCUGAUGCCUUCGAACAAACGGAUUAUCUCAAAAAGAACUGUGCAGUUGGCAGUAGAUUUGUCUAGCAGAUAACAAAUGGUGAAGUUGGGGCUCAUAGAAAAUGCUACCAGAUUCAUUUGAGAAAAACGGGGAAAAAGUAAAGAAUAGAAUAAUUUCUAGGCGACUGUUUUAGUAGCAGUUGGGUGGAUAAAUGAUAGAUCAUAUGCCCCGCAAUCCAACUGAACAUGCCUUAUGUGAGAAAUGCCCUAUGCUUUCAGUCAUGAGUUUGUUCAAUAACAAUUGCCAUUGUUAUUAAUUUUUCCCAACAUUGUUAGGGAAAAAAAAUCAACAUAUGAUAUAUUUAGGUUCUAUAGUUCAUGGAAUCAUUAUUCUUAGAACAGAGUGAUUAUAAAAAAGAAUUUGAUA